UAUAAUCAAUUCUCGUAAUACAUACCUCAUCUCUUCUCUUCUAGAUAAGCUUUUUUUUUCCUCUCUUCUCUUUUUCUUUUACUUACUACUACCAUACUUAGUUUUUCCAUAUGUACCACCAGUACAAACUACAAGUGGCUCAAGGACAGUUUACCUAUUUCAAUCGUCAAACGCACUACAUAAAAAUACAUAAAAAUAUAGAAUCAAUCUAAAAUAAUAUUUAUAUUCAUUCAGUGAUAAUAUAUAGGUAAUAUAAUAUAAUACAAGAUAGAAAAUAAAAAAAAUGCUUGUGUGUAAAAAAAAAAAAUCAUGGAAAUACAAAAAAAGGAGAUGAUUCAUGAUAUGUUUAUUGAUAUCACCAAAGAAUAUUUAUCAAAAGGUGAAAAUAUAAAUAAUCUUAAAAAAAUAGCAAUACCAAUUAAAAAAUUAAAGACCAAAAAAAAAAAAUCAUCAUAUUUAAAAUCAAUAAAAUGGAAAUUAAUAUUAAUAUGUUUUUUAUCAUCAAUAACAUUAUCAAUAAUAAUACAAAAUGAUUUAAUUGGUAAAUUAAUAUAUGACACACGUUGUUAUUUACCAAAUAAUUAUUUAAUAUGGGAAUUUUCACGUCCAAAUUCAAAUUGUAAUUUUUGUCGAAAUGUUAAAGAGCCAAUAAUAUUACCAACCAACAUAACACGUAAUGAUUUUUUAAAAUAUGCAUAUUCAUCAAAACCAAUUGUUGUUAAAAAUGGUGCUAAAACAUGGAAAGCAUCAAGUGUAUUUAGUAUUGAAUUUUUUAAAAAUUUAUAUGACAGUAUUGAUGGUGCCUAUGAGUCAAUUGAAGAAGACUGUCAAUUUUUAAAUUUUAAAACUAAUUUUACAAGUUUAAAACAAGUUUUUUAUAUGAGCCAUGAAAGAGCCAUGAAUAUUGAUGGUAAAGAUUCAUGGUAUGUUGGCUGGAAAAAUUGUCAUCCAGGUGUAUUGAGUGUCAUCAAUCAAUAUUAUGAAACACCAAGUUUUUUACCACUUGAUGCUGAAGUGCCACAAACAAAUUAUAUAUUUAUGGGAUAUGAAGAAGGUGCCAGUAUGCAUCUGGAUUAUAUUCCAAGAUUAAUGUGGCAGGGACAAGUACUUGGCAGGAAGACGUGGGAAGUUGCACCAACACCAGAGUGUGACAAUGUAUGUGAACGUUUUACUUUUAAUGUUGAUACUGGUGAUGUUGUAUUGCUUGACACCAGAGUGUGGUAUCAUGCUACAAUUGUCAGAGACAAAAAUUUAAGUCUCACAAUAACAUCAGAAUAUGGCUAAUCCAAUUUAUCAUAAUUCCAAUUAAGUAUAAUUUUUUAAAAACAAACAAAAAAAGACAAUAUUUUUAUUUUUUUUAUACCUGAUUGUGCAUGCCAAAUUGUUUUUUAAAUAAAUCAAUUUUAUUUAUAAAUAUUUAUAUGUUAAUAAUAAAAUAAAUAACAACAAUUGUUAAUA